UUCCGAGUCCAGUAUGGCGGACAGCGAGAGUGAUGUGGAGACAGACGGGCUUGAUUUAGCCCUAGAAACGCUGUGUACCACACACUGUACAGACGAGGCGUCUCUCAACAGUAAAGCGUACUGUUCUGCGUUUUGUAAGCUGGUUGAAGAAUACACUGGACAAUGGCAUGUUCCCCUCCCUCAGCUCAAAGUACUCCGGACCGCUCUCUGCAGUUUCACCAAAGCCACUGCUGUCUUCCCUGAUGACUGCCAACACAUUCACUAUGUCCUUAGCAGUCUGGCUUUGAGCUUCUUUGAAUUGUUGCUGUUUUUCAGCAAAGAAGAAUAUGGGGAGCAGCCUCUAAAAGAUAUUUUUGAUUCUUUUCUGGAAUGCCACUCUCAACUUUUGAGACACAGAAAUAUUUACCUACACCAUGUCAAGUUGACUCUCAAGUCUGGGGGCCCAUGGGAGAAUCCUGUACUACAGAGAAUCCUAAAGGAAGCAGACAUACUACAAAAAGAGGUUGAGGAGUACUUGAGCUCAGAGCUGCCCAUACUCCUUGAGCUGCGAGUUCGGUAUUUGCAGGCCUGUGAGCGUUUACAGGAAGCGAUGGCACUUUGUAAGUGCUGCCUGGAAAAUCAGGAUAUGGGAAAACAUUUAUUCUUCCAUCAGGCCUACCUGACUUGCCUCUACAAGUCAUCGCUGCAUGAACACCUUCUCAAAGAGGUGGCAGAAAUUGAUGGGCGUGACGCUGUAGAGAUCAUCUGUAACACAGAGAGUGUUGAAAAAGACGAGCUCCUGCUGUCACUCUGUAAGACUUUUCUUAGUCAGCAGCUACACAAUGGAGACAUGUACUACAUUUGGGACCUGGUGUUCAUUUGGAGCAGAUUGUACCUCAGAGCUCAUCCCUCAAGACACGAGUUUAUCUCCGAGUGUUUGAAGUUGUCGUUUUCUGCAACUAAUGUCAGAGCCAUCUUCCCUUUUAUCAAACUGGUUCAUACAGAGCUCGGUGAGGAGGGGAUUCAGGUGUGCGUGGAGCUGUGUGCCAGGGCGCUGCAGUUGUGCGACCUCCGCUCUGAUGCAGUAACACGGUCUCUGGUGUGUAAGACUAUUGCCUUCCUGCUGCCACACGACCUGGAGAUGUGCCGAGCCUGUGCCCUUCUGGUGUUCUGUCAGGAGCGCAGUCUGGAGGCCUACCGCACUGUCUGCUCUUUGUACAAGCAUCCUGAUGAUGAGCUGCACCCUCACAACAGCCCUCUCAGGACCUGCAUACGCUUCCAUAUUCUACAGAAACUAAAGGAGCAUUUGUGUUUUGACCCUGAGUUUUGGAACCUUCUGACUCUGAGGACGCACUGCUUGGAGUUGAUCAGUGACAAAGCCAUGCAGGCGGCUGUCCUGAAUGAAAUCGAAGAAGAGGAGAAAUAUUGUGCAGCUCAGGCAGUUUACAACUGUGCUGACGAACUUCAAGUAGUAGAACUAGAAUCUCUCAAACCUUCUGCGUGUAAUAGAAAUGUGAAUGGCCCAAAGGAGAACCCAGACAGUGAGAAAGUUAAACCUCUGACCCAAACAGAAAAUGUACCAAAGAGAAGACGAGGGAGGAGACGAAAAGAUGAAAUGAAGAAAGAGACAGAGAAAGUGGUCAACGAGGUUAAUACAGAAGAUGAUCCAGAGGUUGUUUAUAACAUUAAACCCAAUUAUUCAAGCAAAUCUGACUCGUAUUCACUCAGACACAACCACAAAAAUAGAGAAAACGCUGCGCCUGUUAAAUUUCCAUUAAACCGUAAACGAGAGUACUUGACCAGGUGCGUGAAGAGCCAGCUCCUGACGCGAAAAGGACACAAAAAGUGGCUACAGGGUGUUCAAACUCUUGACCGUGAAGAGUAUUUAAAAGUCAAAAAGAUCAUGUACAAAGGCAAGAAACGAGGAAGGAAACCAUUUUAUAGACUUGAGCUAAGUUAUCCUGACAAUGAAAUUCAGCUUGUAAUUGAAAUGCAAUCUAAGGACAGUAUAAUAGCUACUUCUGAAGAGGAAGGCAUUGAGUCCAUAAAUGAUAUAGCAGAGGACUCUCAAACAGUGCCAGUAACCAGUCCUCCUAAAGAAGCCGACUCUGCUCUUGUCCCAGCUGUAGAGGGGGAUCCUGAGCUGGAUGGACCGCUGUAUGAACUGAUGGAUUCUGCCGUAGAGGUUUUUCAUAAUUACUGCCUCAAUUCUGACACAGCUGAGGAUGAGGAAGAACAAUCAAACGAGACAAUAAAGUCUGCAAAAUCUAAAGAUAGCACAAAGUCAAAAGAUCCCAUUAAAGACAAACCCAAGGAGUUAGUUGAAGCACCAAAACAGCCCAAUGGAUCUGAAGAAGCAAAGCCAUCAGUGGAUACAGAAGAGGCAAAGUCUGAUCAGGAGGUAAAAGGGAAGAGCAUAUGGCAGGAGAAAUUAUUACGGACACAGAAAUACAGCCACAUCAUUCACUCGUGUAAAUUCUGCAACAAAACCUACAGGGGCCUGAAUGUGAUGAGACAUGCCCUCUCGCACCUGAAGAAGAAACGUAAACAUUGUAUCCUGUGUGGCCAACGCUUUAGGGAGUUCUCUGUGGCAAGCAAGCACAUCCAAGAACAUAUAGAAGAAAUGAGCAAACAAAAACCUGGUGGUGACAAUAAAACUGGUGAAGAUAGCAAAACAAAUGAGACCAAUGAAGAAAAUCAUGUUGGCAAACCAAGCAACAAUAACAACACUGACGAGAAAAAGGCAGUGCCAGACAGCGGCACAUCUCAGCAGACCCCUACAGCCAAUGGUACAGAAACUCCAAGCCCACCCAUACCUUUUGAUGAUAACCCAAAAGAAGAUGAAAACCUAAAACCAUCUGAAACCAAGGAGCCCAGAUCCACUACCAAACCAAAACCUUGCCGAUUCAAAUUCACUGAGCUAAAAAGAGAGGAGCGGAUUGCGAGACACGUUCUCAAUCUCUUUAAAAAGCGAUACGUGUUCAGCAAAUUUAACCAGAAUGCUAUACCUCGUGACUUCGUAUUGAGUGAGGAGCAGGUGGUGAUUGAUGGAGAUUUGGUGAUACUGAAAAAUGUGCCCAUGCGUCAGGAAGGAUUGAAUUGCGAAAAUGAAAAAAUGGAUGCAUCAACUGAGAAAGAGGACCAAGGAGAAGAGGCUGAAAACAUGUCUGAGAAAGAUGAAGAAAGAAAAGGGGAUAGUGCAGAGGAGACCAAAAAGGAGGGAGCGAAGAAAGAGGAGGAUGGUGCCGUGGAGGGCAAAGAGGCAGAGAUGGAAGCACAGUUUGUCAGUAAAGACCUUGUGUAUUACUUGUGUCCUGGCGAGGGAUGUGACAAAGUGUUCUACAAGAUCGGCCACACCAUGACAAGACACGCUAUGAAGUACCACCUGAGUGAGGAGAAGAUUCAGGAGGUCAUCUUCAAAUGGUCCAAACAAAAGUGCAUUCUUUGCCACAGGCAGUUCAAUCUUCUCCCACACUUCAAGGGCCACCUGAAGCUUCACCUGGAGCACCCUCAGUACUUCUGUUACCACCAGAGCUGCGGGCGGCGCUUUGAGUCCUUCCAGGAACUGAGAAACCACGAGGCCCAGCACACGCCACUCAGACCCCAAUGCAUGUACACGGCCUGCGAGAACGUCUUUAACAACAUGUUUGGUCUGAGCGACCACGAGUGGAGACACUACAUCCCCACACCUUUGAAAAGUGACUUAGAAACUGGCACCAACAAAGGCAAGCGCCACAGCGAGGAAGCCCCUUGGAAGCAGAGGGUCAAAGUUGAAGAGUUGUGGCUACAGAAUAAAAAUACCCCAAGAGAGGAAAUCAACUUGAAACAGUUUGAUAGAGAAUUAAAUGAUUCAAAGAGUAAUGAUGAUUCAGAAACUUGGAAUGAUGAGACCAGUGCUAAAACUGUUAAUGGAUAUUAUGAACAAACAGACCCACUGUCCCAUACUCAAAAACAAGCUUCUUCAAAACAAAAAGCACCACCAGAACCGGACCCUAUAAAUGUCAAAAACCGCAUGGAGGACACUACCAUAGCAAGCGUGUGUGAAACAAGUGGCCCAGAGGUUCCUCUAAUUGAGGAACACAAAACAUUUAAACCCAACGAUCCUGCAUAUAAGCCCUUGUUCAAAGCCCCUCUUCUACGACCCCCUCCAUCCAUGUACAUGACCGAAUCAGAGCUGUCGAUGCGUAAGAGGAAAAUGGAACAGACUGCCUCUGCUCCUGUUGUAAAGAAGAUCCUGACUUGGAACCAGCGCAAAAAGGAAUCUGCUGUCACAGAUGCGCCCAAACAAAAGCUUGAACCAGAGCCCAAGAUUAGGCACCGCUGUGAAAAAUGUCUGUCGUUUUUUGGUUCUCCUGAAGAAUUAAAGAAACACAAAUCGCUCAACACCUGCUCUGCACUUUUUGGUUUUGACUCAGACGAUGAAAGUUGAUGAGAACUGAAGCAUUGAAUGAGGUGGUUCUUGCACUCUUCACACUACCCAUUGGUUGGCUGCAUUGUUUUUCUUUAUACAAAUGGAAUAGUGUGUUAAAAUACCUUUUUAUUUUUGUUUUAUAUGUGAAGCUGUGGUGUUUCUACUGCUUCAUCAAAGAAAUUAUUUCUGUAAAUGAAUUCUCUGAACAGUUUGACAACUUUUACAUAGUUAUUCUCAAGAAACCUCACAAAAAAUACUUAAUUUUUGCAGUGUUUUGCAUUGAAAAUUGUAUGUAUGAACUAAAUGAUCAGUACUUUAAA